AUGGCUUUAGCUGGCUGCCCAGACUCCUUUUUACAUCUUCCUUAUCGGAUAGACAAUGUAGAUCAGACCUCGGCUCAUGGUCGGCGAGACCUGGUGGAACCAGGUUUCCAAGAACCAUCUAACCGCAUCUCCCUGAAUCACCAAGAUGACGAUGUGGACCUAGAAGCUUUGGUAAACGACAUGAAUUCCUCAUUUGAAAGUUUGUACUCUACGUGCAGCAUGCAGUCGGAAACCACUCCGCUCCUACAAAAUGGACAGCUCAACCGCAGUCAGUUGCCAUCCUCGGGAUCCGGCGCUCUGCAGCCCAUGUCUCCAAGGCAGAAGGUGCAGCGGUCUCAGCCAGUGCGCAUUAUGGCAGUCAGGCGUCUUCAAGAAGAAGAACAGCAAUUCAGAACAUCAUCUUUGCCGGCCAUCCCAAAUCCCUUCCCAGAACUUUGUAGCCCCGCAAGCUCUCCAGUGCUAGCCCCUGGAUCUUUACCUCAGAGUCAACCUGCUAGUAAGCAUGAUGUAAAAGUCUUUAGUGAAGAUGGAACAAGCAAAGUGGUCGAGAUUCUAGCAGACAUGACAGCCAGGGACCUCUGUCAGCUGCUCGUUUACAAAAGUCAUUGUGUGGAUGAUAACAGCUGGACUCUAGUGGAGCAUCACCCUCACCUAGGAUUAGAGAGGUGCUUGGAAGAUCAUGAGCUCAUAGUUCAAGUCGAGUCCACAAUGGGAAGUGAAAGUAAAUUUUUGUUCAGGAAGAAUUACGCAAAAUAUGAAUUUUUCAAAAAUCCCAUGAAUUUCUUUCCAGAGCAAAUGGUUGCCUGGUGCCAGCAAACAAAUGGCAGUAUCCCACAGUCACAACUUUUGCAGAACUUUUUAAACUCCAGUAGCUGCCCUGAAAUUCAAGGUUUCUUGCAUGUGAAAGAGCUGGGUAGAAAAUCAUGGAAGAAAUUGUAUGUGUGUUUGAGGAGAUCAGGACUUUAUUGUUCUACAAAAGGAACUUCAAAGGAGCCAAGACAUUUGCAAUUGUUGGCUGACCUAGAAGACAGCAAUAUCUUCUCGUUGAUAGCAGGCAAGAAGUUGUACAGUGCACCUGCAGAGUAUGGAUUUUGUAUAAAGCCCAACAGAGUGAGAAAUGAAACUAAGGAACUGAGGCUGUUGUGUGCUGAAGAUGAGCAAAGCAGGACGUGCUGGAUGACUGCCUUUCGACUCCUCAAGUAUGGAAUGCUACUGUAUCAGAAUUACAGAAUUCCCCAGCAGAGAAAAGCCAUGCUUCCACACUUUGCCACUCCAGUAAGAAGUGUAUCUGAAAACUCACUAGUAGCAAUGGAUUUUUCUGCUGAAGCACUGAGUGCUGCCUUGGAAGAAGGACAUGCUUGGAGGAAACGUAGCACAAGAAUGAACAUCUUGGGUAGCCAAAGUCCACUCCAUCCUUCCACACUGAGUACAGUUAUUCAUAGGACACAGCACUGGUUUCACGGCAGAAUCUCUAGAGAAGAAUCUCACAGGAUUAUUAAGCAACAAGGGCUUGUAGAUGGACUGUUUCUUCUCCGGGACAGCCAAAGCAAUCCAAAGGCAUUUGUACUUACACUGUGCCAUCAUCAAAAAAUAAAGCAUUUUCAAAUUUUGCCGUGUGAAGAUGAUGGACAGAUAUUUUUCAGCCUGGAUGACGGGAACACCAAAUUCAGUGAUCUAAUCCAGCUUGUUGAAUUCUAUCAACUAAACAAAGGAGUCUUGCCCUGCAAACUCAAACACCACUGCAUCCGAGUGGCCUUAUGACCUCAAAUCUGACUCUCACUGAAGACUGGAUUUGCUAGAAGAGUAAUUGUAAGAGAACGUUGACACUGGGGAAUUGGCAGAUUUGUAAGUUGGUAAACAUAAAUAAAAAUAUUAUGCACCUUGGGACUCUGAAAGGGAUGGAUUCGACAGGUGCCAACAGACCAAGAUUGCUGGUUUGUCUAACACCUAAGAGUGAUUGCUGCUGAGUGUCCCAGCAUCCCAAAAAUGGGGGGAGGGUAUGUAAAACCAUGAGUAAAUUUGAAACAAAACUGGAAACUAUUUUGGCUGGGCCACUUAACAGGAACAAGUGUGAAGAGAAAUCUUUGAAAAGAACUCUUGCCCUGGAAUAAUCUUGACAAUUAAGACUAGUGUGUUUACUUUUUGUAUUGAUCACUUUUUUUGCACUCCUACUUUGUUUCGGAUAUUGUAUGCAGCCUAUAUUAGGAGCUGAUGUGGCUUUUAAAAUUCAUGCAGGAGUUGGGUAUUAAUCUGCACCCUAAAAUGUAUGGAAAGCUUCAGCCUAAAAGGAUCUAGAAGAAAAUCAAGAAGUGUGUGUGUGUGUGCGCGCAUGUGUCUCAAAACUUCUCUGGAGACCUGAGGUUCGAUGAUCUGCAGAUGUCUGAAGAA